CACACGCACACACAGACACACGCACACCACCGUGCUGCUCUGUGAUUUCAUCUCCCCAGUGCAGAAGUGAAAGAGCGCAGUCAUAUGUCCAGUGACAUUUUUGCAUUGGAGCUUGACGCACAGCCGAAAACGAAACACAACGACAUCUGACAGAGAGACGGACGGACGGACAGUGUGUAGACCAUGCUUUCAGAGUCCUUCCUCCAGACACUGCCGUACAGGGACGAGAAGAGGUACUCCUCUGCCACCAAGCUCCAGGGGGGGGAACACACAUAUCCACAAACUCUGCGUGGAGACACGCAACAUGGCGGGCUCGGUCUGACGGAGUCAGGAGAGCGCUCACAUACGCCGCAAGCACUGCGCACAGACUUAGGCCCAAACGAGGGCCUGGGGCCGAGGUUUGCCUUUCAACCCGAGUUUGGCCUUAUGAUCCCGGACCGUGCCUGUAAACUCAUCCACUAUCCUCACCACUCAGGGGAUUUUCAGUCUGAAUGCAGUCUCAUAAGGCAAUACCCUGACCUACGUCUGCGUCAGGAACCAGAUGAGGCAACCAGCCCAAAUAGCAGCACGUCUUGCCACUGUCCGUCUACGUCGGUGUCCGGACGUCCCCUGCAAUCGCUACCAUGCACACCCAGCUCCCAGGGCCCAGACAGACAGCCGGGGACUCCGGUACCGGACACGACGCAUCCUUUGAAGCCCGGGACCUCGAACCCCGAUGAGGGCUACCUAGAGAUGACCGGCAACCGAGAUCUAGAGCUCUCUCUUUUAGGGCUGGAGCCCCUCUCCAACUCUCUGUUGAACGGUCUGCUGGAGAAGCAUCUGGACGAGCUCUACCGCGAGCAUUUUACAGACAGCCUGGCCCGAUGCAACUCCCAGCUGGGGCACAGCCUUCUGCGUGGCCUGGUGCCCCUGCCGCAGCCCAGCGGACAGGCCCAGCCUUCAGACUUCAUGGGGGCCAGUCUGCAGGGUGUGGUGUCCAGGGAAGGAGGGUUCAGAAUCAGCUACCUUAACACUACCUCGCACUUCAGCUCACCCGUGCUUCGGAUCUCAGAUGCUGAAAGUUCACCCCGACCCCCACCCCCUACCCCCACGCACACAUAAAACACACACACACACAGACACAACACACACACACACACACACACACACACACACACACACACACACACGCACAACACACAC